AUGGAAUAUCUAAAGAUUGAAGAAGACCAAGACAAGUUGUUUGUUUAUUUAGAUGCCGCAAGUGUAUCGCUGCAAGCAUUGGCAAACUCUAUAGUUUGGGGAACCUCACCGCAAUUCUUUAAAUUAAUGAAAAGAAAGAUUAGAGGUGGAAAUCAUCCAAAUGAAGAAGAAGCUUUAAUUAACCAUUAA